CAUGAUUCUGUGAAAUGCAUUACACUGCAGGUAAGGAGUAGUUGCAUUUUUUUCUUUUCCUCUAUGAGUAGUACAGACUAAGAUUUUUUUUUUUCUGUGGCUUCAAAGUUAGAUAACUGAUUGAAGAAUUGUAUAAAAGUUGGGCAGUAAUUGAAAGUGCAAUAGGCAGCUUUAACCAAGAGGCUAUGGUUGUUAUUUACAUGCAGUAUUUUUAAUCUUGUUAUAGAAUCCAAUGUAGGUAAUGUAUGCUACUUAAAAAAGACUCCUCAGAAACUGUGUAAAAACAGUUUGCUAUUGUUAUCUGUAGCAGCCUCAAAUUUGCUCCAUUCAAAUGAAAGGGUUUUUUUUUUUUGCAAUGCAGUGCAAGAGUGAAGAAAUUAUGAAGUGUAAGAAAGAGGUGUUUGUGCCAAUUACCUAUUACAUAACUGGCACAGUAUUAGACAAGGGAAAUAUGAAUCAGCUUGCUGUAGGCUUUCCUGAUUGGCAAAGUGUUCUUAAAUGUUCUGCUUGAUUCAUGCUAGUGGUUUAGAUGUGGGAAACUAUGGAGAUAACUUAAAGGAGCAGCAGAGCCCUAAUACUACCUUCCUGAAAUAAUCCUUCCUGUUUAAUAUUGCUUUAGUGCUUCGGUUUAUUGGGUAUCACUCCUAGUUUUAUGGAAGGUCUGAAACAGUUAUUUAUUGAUAUUGCAACAGCUGCAAUACUGAACACCUUGAAAAACCUUUGGAACAAACAAAACAUUUCAGUCUGGAUGUCUUUAGGGGAAAGUAAAUGAACUGGAUCCAAGUAUUGCUGCAUCGCAUCUUCUGUUACUGUCUUAGGGAUAAUGACGAAAGUUUCCAUGUAGUCGAAGGAUGGGGUGGGAGUGCAGGAGGAAAAAAACUGCUCUAUUAUCAGUUACAUUUUUAUAUAUCUUGCACUCUUGUGUAGCCAUCUGCUGUUGGCUCCCUUUAGAGGCAGUACUUCAGGAGGUGAAACUUGGGUCCAGCUUUGGCAUGUCGUUUCCUAUUGUAUGGGUGGUUGUCUGCUGACUGCAAGCAGACAGAGAGGGCUAAUAGAACUUCUCUGUAGACUUAAAGUGUAGAUGCUCCUGGUUUUCCAGUGACACCUUUUCCUUCCUUUUCAACAAUAUUAAGAUGCCUUAUGCUUCCGAACGCUAAGUAAUACCAGUACUUCUGAAUGCUGUUGGUUAUUAUUUGAAGCUGAGGUGACCAGUUGAGGAAUGACUUUCAGCCUUAUUCCUUAGUCAUGGAAUUAAGAGCAAAUCAAUUAAAAGCUUUAAUUAAAAGCAAGCCCCCUCACAUCCGAACAAAACAAACAAAAAAAGCUGUUAAGUAAUUAAAUUAAUGUUUGUAUGGUAUGUCUGACCAAACACGUUCAGUUAGUGUGAUUUUUCUCUGCUAUAGGACUUCCAACAAUUCCACUUUAUAUUCUGAGAAACUAUAACACUUCUGUUUUGUUGACUGAGGCUGAAAGCAUUCCUGAGGUGAUCAGUAGGAGGGGAAAUUUUUCUCUGAUUUAAUUUUGAAACCCUUACUUAAUCUGAUAAUGCAUCUAAAGAUGUUGAUGUGUUGGGAUUUCCCUUCUGUGCAAUCAGCAUCCUCCUGUGCGUGUCUAGAGCAACAUAAGUUAAGACAAAUUCUCAUCGUGCAACCAAAUACCCUGUGAUUUAGAAAAUUUCUUCAUCUGCUGUGUUGAAACAGGCACACGGGAAGGCGCCUGGCAUUACUACUCCUGAGUUUCACUGAGUAGUUACUCAUGACAUCAGGAUUGCCUUCAGUCAGAAAUCUUGAAGUGCAGCUUUGGUGGGUGGGUCUCUGAAGAAUUUGAAAGAGUUGUACGGAUGGGGCGUGUUUACUUCUGUCGAAGUAGUGACUGCAAUGCCUCUUCGUGGCUAAUGUGUGCGUGUUCUUCUUGGCUGCAACAUCAUAAAGCAUGGCACAUAUAUUAAAGACGCUCAACAGCUGGUUCUGGUGGGAGAAUAUUUGGAUGCCAAUCAAUUGCACGUGGGCAGAUUUUGUAGACCGCGAUGGCCUUGUCUUUCCAAAACCACAACAGUUGUAUGUCACAAUACCAUAUGCUUUUGUAUUGCUUAUUAUCCGAUUCUUCACUGAAAGAUACGUUGCUAUUCCUCUAGCAAAAGCCUUAGGUAUAAAGAAUGUAAGACGUGUGAAGCCGCAGCCUAAUCCUGUUUUAGAGAGUUAUUUCCGGGAGUGCUCAAGACAUCCAUCUCAAUCAGAGAUUCAAGGCCUUGCCAAAAAGUGCAACUGCACAGUCCAUCUGGUGGAGAAGUGGUUUAGGAGACGGCGAAACCUUGAGAUCCCAACUGUGCUUCGGAAAUUCCAGGAAGCUUUCUGGAGAUUUUCAUUCUAUUUUGCAUCCUCCAUUGCUGGCUUUAUAUUUCUGUACGAUAAGCCUUGGUUUUACGACAUAUGGCAGACGUGGGUUGGCUAUCCAUUUCAGGCAGCCAAAAUGUUUAAUUAUGCUCGCUGGGAGAAAACCUGCAAUAUGCUUUUCUUUAUCUUUUCUAUCGCAUUCUUCAUUACGAGAAUCAUCCUGUUCCCCUUCUGGAUUCUGCGUGCCACGUUGUAUCAACCUACAUUCUACUCCACCACUCCAGUCAUAGCAUAUUUCUUAUUCAAUGGGCAGCUAUUGAUCCUUCAAGGCUUACAUUUAUAUUGGGGUUACUUGAUCUUCAAGAUUUUGAAAAGGUUCAUUUUCUUAAAGGACUUGAAAGAUGACCGGAGUGAUGAAGAGGAAGAAGAUUCUGUUACAGAUAAUGAAGAGGAGUCCACAAAGAACAGCAAUAAGAAUGGCUGUGGGUCAGGCAAACAUCUCCUUACCAGCGGUCACCACUAGCCCCCUCCUGCCUCACCUCCUGCAGUGAUUUCUACUCUGUUUCUAACCCAACUUAUGGGAUAAAACUUAAUUCAACAUGCUUAGGAGACACUGUGAUUGAUUUAUUGUUGGCUACUGGGCCUGGAAAAAAGCCCAGUAUACGGGAGGGGAAAAUUGCAUAAGAUGACAAAAUGUGUUAAUGACCCACUUUCUGAAUCAUUGCUUAGCAUUUGGAAAGGUGCUUGGACACGGACUGUUCCACUCUCACAGUGCUCUACUAGGUGAAAGUGUCAGAUCGUUUAGCGUCCCAUUGAUUUUAACUGUUUUUCAAUCUGAUCAUCAAUUUCAUCAAGCAGUUUCAUUCAUAGGUGCUUCAUGGGAGGUACCUAAUGUGAACUGCAUCAGGAGACAGAGUUACUCAAUGUGGGGAAAAAAUGACAGCAGUGUAGGUUGACUAACAUUGUAGUCUUUACUUUUCAGUUUAAAAUCUCAUUAAAAUGGCUAUUUUUUACGAGUUUGAUCUUGUUUUCUGGAGGCUGAUGGAAGCUAAUGUGGAGGAAUUCAAGCAAUUUGCUUCUGAAGAAUUUGCUUUACUGUAGAAGCAUGGUUUAUCUCUAGAGCAUGCUGUAUGUAGUUCAUAACUGUAUGAAGAGAUUUUCCAGUGAAGAAAAUCACACAGCAGUUCUCCUUGGAGCUCCACGUUUCGCAAAUGUCUUUCAUAACAGCCAUCCUGGAUCUACGCCCGAUGUUAGAACAGAAGGUGCAGAGAGAAGGGAAAGUAGUGAAUGAAAAUUGGGUCUUCUCACAGGUUCUUUUGUACUUCUUAUUUGCUUGCAGCAUGGCUGAACACCUGAGAUCUCAACACGUUUACAGCCCAGAAGAUUAAGGAUUAUUCUGUCCUGUUUCAUGUAGGUUUGUCUCACAGUGACAUCGGAUGACUGUCUUGGAGCAAGUCUGUUUUGUGGCUGCUGUGCAUUCACUGUGCAUGUAUCUGGUCACUGGGAGAGUGUGGGCCUAGCGAGGAAUGUCACGUCAUCAGUGCAGUGUAUUCAUUUGUUUUCAGGAUCUGUGUGUCCAUCUCUGCCCUUUUGGAAAAUAGUGAAUCGCAUCAGCUGAGCCAAACUUGGGUGUAUGUGGCUGAGAUAGCAUCAUUAGUCUGUAAGAAGUGUAAGAACAGAGGAUGGCGUAUCAGUUCCCCUUACCCCACACACUUCAUCAGUUUGCACUUUUGUUGUAGUGCUAGUGCAGAGUUUUUAGACCCAGGGCUUUACAAGGAGACCCGUGUUCCUUUAAAUAGUGGUACCAGAUGCAUUUGGCUUACCAGAUCCUCAUUGAUUUGUCACAAGUUUUAAAAGUGAGAAGAUCUUGUGGUUCUACAGUAGCUGAGACCAUCUGGUGGACUAAAUCCAGUAGCUUGUGAGACCGGGGGACCACAGCUAAAACAUCUUCAGUGCAGAGCCAUCGUUUUGGAAAGGCUCCUUUCCCUUAAGGCUGCUCAGCAGGAACUUGGUGACCUACAGGAAGCACAAUAUAAGCGACUUCUUUGCCAAGGAGAUCUUGAGAAAAUGGGGAUAUAAUUCAGCAACUGAAACAUUUGUAAGAAUUGGAAAUGUUUGGGAUCUCAGAUACGAAGAAAAAAGUUUUUUUCUGAACAGUUGCAAGAAACUGUAGGACUGCUUUGUUAGAGAGGCUUGCAGUUUGAAAAUAUCUCUUGAGGUGCUAAACUAGGCUGUGUUUAUGUUUUUACUGACAUUUUAGACAAUGUUCUCCCCAAAUCUUUGUGUUUACCACAAAGGCAAUUACACCAAGAAAGGAGUAUGACCACAACUUCUGAGAAGGACUGGAGAUGGGCAGUAGUGGGAAGGAAUUCCUGUGCCAGCGCUUGUAGAUAAGUAGUGCUGCUCAUGUAGAGCAGGCAAAAUUCCCUCAGUCGUUGUUGCAUAGCAUUGUGUUUCCUUACACAGCUGUAGAGAAUACCUUAAAUACUGCAGUGUGGAUUUAUUGGAAGCUUAAGUACUUGUUACAUCAUCUAAAGCAACUAGUAAAUUUGGCAGGGUCACAGCUGCUUAUCGGGACCUGUUUAUGGCAUACAUGAAAAGAAAUGGCCUUUCCUUAAAAAAAAAGAAAAGUAGAAAUCCAAUGUCUUGGAGGAUUUACACUCCCUUUAAAAGCAGUGGAGACAACGAUGCUUUCCACAAGACACAACGGGAUUUUGGGAGGUGGCCAGGAUAUUAUCAUUUGAUUUUGAUGCCAGAAAGCUUUCCUGCUAUGAAUAGGAAAGGAAUUCAGGGAAGGAAACACGAAGAAUGGUGCUGUCACAGGAGCGAGCCUCUGUACAACUACUGAAUUUUAAACUGGAAUUUAUAGUUGCUUUGAGGCCAAAUCUUGCCCUUCUUACUCAGACAAGUCUCCCACUGAAGCCAAUUAGCUCUACUGGAGUUUAGCCUAGAUAAAAUUUUGGAUUGCAGACGUAACAUAAUUACAUUUGUUUUAAAGCUAUUCAAAAUUAGGGUCUUACAGGGAGAGUAAAAGGCAGAUAAAUACCUUUAAACUUAAAAUUUUGAGGCAUGUUUUGAGUGAGUAUGGAAGAAUAUGAAAGCAAACAAUGUCUGGAAGGCAAAGAUUAUGAGUAGUAAUCAUAAGCAGUGAACAACCAAGAAACUCCAUGGCUUUGCAUCUAGGGGUACAGGAAGUAGGAAGGUCAUGGAAUUCCAUCCCAGGGAGUUAAUCUCCUGGCCAACCAAACCAUUAGCAUAAACCACCAGGUACUGCAGAUAAAUACAGAAACGGGAGCAGUUUGUCACAGUUGGACAGGACAUGUGUCCUGUGCUAACGUCAGAUUUGUUGUUCCUGAAAUUACACAGGUAUAAUUCUCUGCUCUUUGCUGAUAGAAACUCAGAAACAAGAAGCUGAGAUAAUGGAAAAUAGUUCACACUAAUCAACUAAAGAAAUUAAUGCCUUGAUGCUUUGAGAUUUUCAAUCUCUUCAGUGUCCCUAACAUCCUUUGAAAACAUUACUGCCUCAAUAAGCAAGUGUGAAACGGUGGGAGGUAAUGCACAGCAACAGGAGAUGACAGACACUCACAUAUCGUUCGGAUCAUUUCACAGAGUCCUGGCUUAAUGCUUUACACUGUGCAUUUGAGUUUGCCAUGUCACUUUCACCAUGCCAAAACAUUUAUGAUAGAAUUACAGACUAGAAAAUGAAGUUCUAGCCCAUCAGCAUUAGCAGAAGCACCUCUGUUCCAUUUAAUUCCUUUGAAUUUUGUUUUGGGAUUCCAGUCAGUGCUUAUUAUGCUGCCUCUCUGCUUGUUUACUAUACAGAUUUACCAAGCUGCUCUGGAUUUGAUUUACAGAUCUCCCUUACUCCACAGAACUCAUUUUGUCAAUUAGUAUCAUUCAGUAUAGUUACCUUUUUUGUCCUUAAUGUCACUGAAUUUGCCCAGUCACUUAGGCUGCACACUACAAAUAAAACCUUUUUGUUAAAGCAGAUGUCUGCAUGGGGAUUUCCUUGCUUUCCCUGCUUCGCAGUGUCCUCUCUGCUUUCCGUUCCCUCCUAGCAUUCUUGUCAGUGCUCAGUUAGGAUUUCUCUUUUCUCUCAAGUUUUUUCCAUAGGCUGGGAAAGGCUUUCAAACCACUUUUGUAGGAAGCAUCUUGCUCCUGAGCAGGCCUGGCAAGCAGCUGGACAAUCCACCCACUUCUUGAGGGUAACAGUGACUGUUAAAUGAGCUUUCUGACCUGGCAGGUCAGAGAUUAAGAGCAAGUUUGCAGGAUACACAGCAAUUCAACCUUCCUUCCAACAGGGUAAAUUGGGUGUGUUACAGCACAAAUAGAGGCAUUUGCUAAAUAAUGUUUUAAUUACAGGUAAAUUUGAGAAUUCUUUUUUUGGACAAUUCAUAAAUGGAGAGGAAGCAAAUCUAAUGGCUACGUCAUCGUUUUUAUCAUUCAAGAUUUAUGCUUCAACAAACGUACUUGACGGUGAUCUUGUGUGCAGUAGGAGCUACUCUGCUCUCUCUACAAUGACAGCAUUUUUAUAUCGUUACUCAUUUUCUUGUUAUUGUGCACAGUAGGACUGAUUUUGAAUUUAUGUGUAUUUGAGAAAUACAGAGAUAAAUGCAGAGAUGACCAGAAUCUUUUUUGCUCCUUAUAUUCAUACACAGUUUGAGGUGCUAUCACUAAGUUAGACUGCAGUGGGACCACUGCCCAAAUGCCUGGUCAGAAGCACAUUUCAGAUA